GGAGUGGCAGCUUAUUAAAAUGUUAGUAACACCAACCCAUCACAGCCCUAUCGUUCUUGUCAUUGUUAUUGUUAUUAUUCCAGAACGCAGGGAGACAGGCGGGGGAACUUCUUGGAUUUUAGGUAGUUGGGAGAAUCACCUCCUUGAGAAACAACAACAGAAAAAGAGUUCCAAAACAGAGAAGUAGAAGAAAAAAAAGGGAAUGCUGUUCCUUUAAGAGACAGAGCGAGAGAGAGAGAGAGAGAGAGAGAGAGAGAGAGAAGGGAGGGAGGGACCCCUUUGCCCUCCAGAAACCAGGAAGGGAUUUGAGCUGCUCUGCCUGCCUCCUCUCUCACUGCUGGAGCUGCUGCUGUUGUGCAUACGAGUCUCUGAAGAGCCGACAGGGAGAGAGAGAGCGAGAGAGCGGAGCACAGCUCAGAGAUACUGGAGCAGCUCAACAACUACAGGAAGCCAGACGGCGCCGGGCUGGCGGCAGAGGGCCGGACGCAGGGCAGGGGGAGCACGGCGGCGCGGGAGGCUGUGAUCGGAGGAUCGGCGGUGGGCUGGUGGAAGAUGUCUGCGGGGGGCAGCGGCGGGGCCGCGGCGGAGGAGGGCCCGAUCGGAAUCCCGUUCCCAGACCACAGCAGCGAGAUCCUGGGCGGGCUGAACGAGCAGCGGCUCAGCGGGGCGCUGUGUGACCUGCUCCUGGUGGCGCAGGGCUGCGAGUUCCCCGCUCACCGCUCCGUGCUCGCCGCCUGCAGCCCGUACUUCCACAAGCUCUUCACCUCGGGGGCCGCUGCGGACCGGCAGAGCGUCUACGGGAUCGACUUCGUGAGCCCCGGGGCCCUGGCCUCCCUCCUGGACUUCGCCUACACCGCCACCCUCACCCUCAACGCAACCAACGUGGGCGAGGUCCUGAGCGCCGCACGCCUCCUCGAAAUCAGGCCUGUGAGGGAGGUCUGCUGCCACCUGCUGGAGACCAAGGUGCUGAGCACACAGGGCAGCGAUGCGGCUCUGGGGAGAGGGGAGGAGGGGGCGGAGGGGAGCUCCCGGCAGACACACACCCCCGGGGACUCGGUUGACCAGGGGAACUGGCUCCGGGCUCGGGAAUACCUGGAAUUCUUCCAGAGCUGCGGAUCCCACUGGAGCAGCAGCUGCAGCACGCCGGAGCUGGGAGACCCCGGCCAACGCAACGGAGGGGGAGCAGGAGCCUCCCAGAGCAACGGCAGCACAGCACCCAGCGAGCACCACUCACCCCUGGGCAUGCCACAGCACCCCUCCCUGGCAGGGGAGGAGGAGGGGGGAGAGGAGGAGGGGGGAGAGGGGGACCGGAAGAGGAGGGGGAGGAGGAAGAGGAAUGAGGGAGGAGACCCCCUAGCCUGGGCUGCAUCGGGGGCUUUCCAACCCUCUCAGAACGGACAUUAUAGCGAGGAAUACCGGGAGAGGGAGAGGGAGAGGGAGAGGGAGAGGGAGAGGGAGAGGGCUGGCCUGUCAGCCAGUGCCUUGCUGCAGCACAUGAUGAACUCGUUCGAGAGGCAGAAGGCAGGGGGAGGGGGAGGGGGAGGGGGAGGGGAAGGGGAGGAGGGAGUCGAGGCGGAGGAGCCAGACGUGGAGUUUUACUUGAAUUACUUUAACAGCUCUCACGAGGGGGAGGGGGAGGGGGAGGGGGAGGGGGCCGUGCUGGGGGGGCCCGGGGCCGGCGGGGAGAAGAAGAUGCGCUCCAAGGCCUUCCAGAAGUGUCCCAUCUGCUCCAAGGUGAUCCAGGGGGCGGGGAAGCUGCCCCGGCACAUCCGCACUCACACCGGAGAGAAGCCCUACGAGUGUGCCAUCUGCAACGUGCGCUUCACCAGGCAGGACAAGCUGAAGGUUCACAUGCGGAAGCACACGGGUGAGAAGCCGUACCUGUGCUCUCAGUGCGGCGCUGCUUUCGCUCACAACUACGACCUGAAGAACCACCAGCGCGUGCACACAGGCCUGCGCCCCUACCAGUGCAGCAGCUGCUUCAAGACCUUCGUGCGCUCGGACCACCUGCACCGCCACCUCAAGAAGGACGGCUGCAACGGCGUGCCCUCGCGCCGGGGCCGCAAACCCAGGCUGCAGGAGCCAGCGGGGGCCACAGGGGGGCGCCGGAGACAGGAGCCGGCACCCAGCAGCCAGGACACAGGCCCAGGAGAGGAGCUCCGCUCGGAGACCGUGGGGUAACGUGACGAUUAACAAGAGACACACAAACUGAAAAAAGACUCCUCUUUUUAAAAAAAAAAAAAAAAACUAAAAAAAACUAAACUACAAAAAAAAACCAACCAAAUCAGGGUGUCACAAAAUCUAAUCUGAAGUUUCUUUCUCCAGGAUUUUUUAUUUUGGUUUUUUGGUUGUUAUUAUUGUUAUAGUGAUUUCUGAAUGUUUUAUUUAUAAUGUGUGUUUUUGGCUCCGGUCUGCCGGUGAGGGUUAAGGAACGCUAGAUUGAGACUCGAGGUGUGUUUUGGUAGCGCUCGUGUUUAGGGGUGCGUGUUGUUUUAAACGGGGUGCCGAUUAGCUCUGUGUCGUGAUGUCGGGGUGCCCCUUCUGGGAUUGGGGGGGUCGGGGGGCGCGUCUUUCAGAGGAGACGUUAAACCCGAUACUGUCUGCUCUGCUGGUGGACUGUCAACACCGUGUCCUUUGUCUUUAAAAAUUACAACGGGGGCGGGGGGGAGGGGUUCUGUGUUCUUAAAGCACUACCGCAGCUCUCCACUAGGGGGCACUAACCACUGACCCCCCCCCCCCCACUCCUAACCUCCUUAAAGAUUCCUGUUGGUUCCAGUUUUUUUACAGUCUUAAAUGGUUUUUCUGUUUGUUUUGAGUUGGCUGCCUUGGGUACUUGACACUUAGUUAUUAGAAAUAGAUGAUAAAAAGAAAUAUAUAUAUAUAGAGAGAGAGAGAGAGGAUGCCUGAAAGACAAAUAGAUAUAUAUAUUUAGAGCGAGGGAUAUGAAAAGACAAUAAGCACCUUUUUUAUAAAUUUGCACAUCCUAACAUAUAGAAAUAUGUACACAAAUCUAUCUAUCUAUCUAUCUAUCUAUCUAUCUAUUGAAGAGAAAGCUAGAGGGAUGCUGUUCUUUGCCCUGAGGACCAUGAUAAUGAAGUACUGUUGAUGAAGAGCGCAAUAAAUGACACUAGAGAGGCCGAGUGACAACUCUACAAUACUCCAGAAACGCUGUGCUGUGCAACACCACUCUCUCUCUCGCUCGGAGAUAAAUACAGAUGCAGUUAAAGCAUGCCACCACCAAGUGGCGCCAUCCGCAUAUAUAAAGCGACGUUAUCUGACACUAUAUAGAUCUUUUUUUUUUUUUUUUAAUUGGGCAGCCUGCAGGCUUGUUUACAUCCAGGUCAGAUGGCAUGACCUUUAACCCCCGCCCUGACUUCCUGUGCUUGCCCGUAGGCAGGAAGCAGGGGUCCAGUAGGGUAAUCGAUAAUGUUACUCCAAAGAAUUGAAAUUAAACAAGUCUAAUAAACCAGAUGAAAGAGAACAGUCGAGGGAGCUGGGAGUUCAUGCAUGGAAACCAGGGCCCAGUCACAGAGCUUCACAGUCACUUGGAGAAGGUUUGGGUCUGUUUUGAUUAGCAGUCGAGCUUUCUGGAGUGUUGGUUAGGAAGCGCGUUUCUAGCUCUGUGUUUGAUUGAUCAGCACGGUAUGUGAAGCAGUGGCAGCUCUGUGAAUAGCGUGGGCUGAAGGGAGCUGUCAGGGUGACCCCUGAUGCUGGGGCUGGUGUUGAGAGCACAGCGGACCACGUGGACAGUGUGUUCAGUUCUUUGCACCUUAUGAAGAAGCACUUUGUUACAGAAACGGCCACGUUAGCUUUUGCAGUUUUUCUUUUCUUCUUUAUUAUUAAUUUCAUUAUUUUCUUUAAAAAAAAAAAAAAAGGUAAAAAAAGAAACGGGUACUUUAUCAGAGUCUGGAGACUCUUUAUAGCUUUUGGAUUUCAGUCCUGUCGCUGCGGCCACCAAAAAAAACAAAACAGAAAAAACAAAACAGAUGAGAGACACACAAACAGAGACAGAGACACAGAGACACAAACAGAGACAGAGAGAGAGACAGAGACAGAGAGAGAGACAGAGACACAGAGACAUACAAACAGAGACAGAGACACAGAGACACACAAACAGAGACAGAGAGACACAGAGACACACAAACAGAGACAAAGAGAGAGACAGAGACACAGAGACACACAAACAGAGACAGCGACACACAAACAGAGACAGAGAGAGAGACAGAGACACACAAACAGAGACAGAGACACAAACAGAGACAGAGAGAGACACAGACACACAAAGAGACACAGAGACACACAGACUGAGAGACACACAAAGAGACACACAGACACACAGAGUCAGGAAGCGAGUCACAGGCCAGAGAAAGCGCACGUUAGGUUUUGUGACCGAUUAAAACUCUAAAUCCCCUCUCAGCUGAAUGCACUUGAAGACAGAUGUUUGAAUCCUUCUAAUUGUCUUAAACCAGCGCUGGGUUCGGGUCCCGGGGGGGGGGGGCUCUCACUGGAAGGGAGCCAGCCUGAUGUCACACCAGGCCUCUGACCUCACUUCCUAGCAGGCCUGGAGGUUAGCAAUAUCCGUCUAAGAGUUUGAUAGCAACAGCAAAGUGUAGUAAAGCACAGAGAGGUACAGUACAGCAUAUUCAGAAACAUUGCACACCCAGGUCAGCUAUGGCAAAUGCACAGUAUAGUGUGGGAAAAGCAUGGGGGGAACUUUAUAAGGGUGACACGACUUCCUGUGGGAAUGAUUGGAACCGCCCCCUUAGGUGUGAUGUCACACAGCAGUGGAUGAGGCUUCCAUCUACCUGCACCUGGAUCUGAUAAAAAAACAAAACAAAACAAAUCUAAUAUGUAAAAUAUAUAAUAGAUAUUCCAUGUAACCUCCGCCCCCCCCCCCCGCGCACACACACUGAGCAUGAGAACCCAGCGCUGGAUCCUUCUUACAUAUGCAGUUAUUGUGUGGAAUAAUGCAAUAUCUACUUGAGGAUUAUUAUUAUUGAUAUUAUUAUUAUUAUUAUUAUUAUUAUUAUUUUCUGCUGUUGUUUUUAAUUCCAUUUGUUAAACUGUAGUCUUGAUGUGUUUUUUGUAGGUAAAUAGCUUUAUUCGUUGUAAUCUCGGGAUGCUGCAGUUUAGUAAGGGUGUUUAUCUCAAGAGCACGGGGAGGGGAGGGGAGGGGAGCCUGAUAGCACUGGAAGUUUAGCAGAGACAGGAAGAGUUUGCACUAAAAUACUGUCCCUGACACCUCCCCAGACACACGCGGAGACAGACAGACUGGAGUCCACGACACACACACACAGACAGGGUGUAAUGCACACAGCAGCCAGCAGAGGGAAACAGACAG